AUGGCCUUCGCUCCCGCCACCGCAGCCAACCUUGACCCCGGUUUCGACUUCCUCGGCUGCGCUGUCAGUGGUGGCCUCGGCGACACCGUCACCGUCUCCGUCGACCCCACAGUCACGCUAGGUACUCUCUCGAUCGCCGAGAUCUCUGGAUCCUCUUCUGCCUCCAAGCUCCGGAGUGACCUGCUAUGGAACUGCGCUGGCAUAGCUGGUAUAGUCGUGAUGCGCAUGCUCGGUGUUCGCUCCGUCAACCUCUCCCUGUCUCUUCACAAGGGCCUCCCGCUCGGUAGCGGCCUCGGCUCCAGCGCUGCUUCCCGCCUGACCCCUGACGAACUCGUUCUCGCCGGGCUUGAGUCGGAGAAGAAGUUGGAAUUCCCACAUGACCGAGAUCUCUUUUUCAUGCUGGUGAGCCGUGAGUUCGAGGCGCCCACCAAGAAGAUGAGGGAAGCAUUGCCGGCAAACAUCCCAAUGAAGGACCAUAUCCGGAACUCGAGUCAAGCCGUAGCCUUGGCGGCUGAUGUGGUGCAAGGCAAUGUGAGGGUUCUCGGAUCUGCAAUGGCAGCGGAUGCAAUCGUCGAGCCGAGGAGAGCGCCCCUAAUUCCGGGGAUGGUGAGUGUGAAGAAGGCAGCAAUGGAGGCAGAGCAAGUUUUGAAAGCAUGUAAAUCACUGUGGCUGAGAAAUCGCGAUCGCUCAUGGAGAAAUCGUGAAGUUACUAUUUCUGGGAUCUGCCAGAUCUCGUUUAUGCGAUUUUCACCUAGAAUCGCGUAG